AUGUGCUCGAGAACCUCCCCCAUCUACCGCCCGGGCUACGCGGCGAUCGCGGGUCUUAUCCGCGUCCUCGGCUUCAUCGUGUACGUCCAGGGCUACGCGACGGGCGACCCGUCCAAGCGCAUGAACGGCGGCUUUGGCUACCUCGGGCUCUUCGCGUCGCUCGGUCUCAGCAUCGAAGCUGCGAUCACGCUUCUUUACUAGGCGUAAAUUCAUAGAAACAACGAGUUGUCUGCUGCA